AUGUCCCCCACUGUUGGAAUAUUCCCUCUCCUUAUAACAUACCCUGUUAAACAGCUCUACUACUACCGCUUCAAACAAUUUGAAAAAUGGCCACAGUUCAAAUCAUCCCUCCUUUGGGGCCAUCUAGGCCACGUAGGCGAGGCCGUGAAAGUCGGUCCCCCAGAUAGACAUAUUGACUUUGUGUUCGAGGAAAUGCGCCGGAAACUCGGCAACCCACCCGCCCUCAUCUUCGAUCUACGUCCAGCAAACAAACUGCUGUGCAUCGUGGCCAGUCAUGAAAUUGCCGACCUGCCGAAAACGCCGGUCGAGCGCGAGUUUGUGCCUUUUCUAGGCCAUCGUCCAAUUCUCACGAUGCAGGAGACGGAGUGGAAACAGUUGCGGCAGAGGUUUAAUCCAGCGUUCUCCAAGAGCCAUGUGAUGACUCUCAUGCCAUUCAUAAUGGGGCAGGUAUCGAUGUUUAUUGAUACCCUCGAUAGCGAGGUACGAAGGAGAAGGGACUGUUCGUUUCAAGAUACCUGUGGAGAUCUCACUCUGGGCGUUGUUGGUGCCAACAACGAUGACCCCACGGAAAUGGGAGAGCAAAAGGAAAUUGUACAGUCGUUUCGUGACUUGCAUUCCUCCUACGCCUUCGACCCGAAUGUACCGCCCAUCUUCACCGAUCCACGAGCCAGGUGGCACCGGAAUAGAAUGGAGAAAAAGCUGGCUAAGCUGGUCAAAGACAGAACCCGCGAGGUGUUUGCAAGAAUGAAGAAGGAUCAUGAGAAACACUCCACCACACAGAGGAAGAGUAUACUAGUCCUGACCCUACAGACAACCGAUUAUUUCACCCCAGACAUCGAGGAAUGGGUAUGUGACCAGUUCAAACUGUUCAUGUUUGCCGGAUUCGACACAACCAGCCUCUUGCUCGCCUGGCUAUUCUACCGUCUCAGUCUCACCGCGCAUGCCCUGAAAGCCAUCCGCGACGAUGUGAUGACAUCUUUGGCCCGGAUCCCAACUUGCCAGCUACCAAAGAGAAGAUCCUCUAGCCCAGUGGAAACACUCGGCCGCAUGUUUUAUACUUCUGUUGUGAUCAAAGAAACACUGCGCUUGAAUCCACCAGCGGCGACAUCCCGAACUAUUCCUAACGGAUCGAAUGCUUUCCUGCGAAUGCCCGACGUCAGGGAUCUCUUCAUAGACGAUCUAUCAGUCUACAACUGUCAUACGAUCCUCCAUCGUGACGACGCCAUAUACGGGGAGACAAAGGAUGACUUCAUCCCAGAACGUUGGCUGCCAUCAAACGGGGAUACAAAACUGGGCAGUGAGGAGGUAUGGCUUUAA